UCGUGGUGCUUGUGCUUUGUUCCCUUCGCGACUGGUAGACGGCCACGACGGAUCGUGGUUAUCUGCGCCAGAGCGAGGUAUCAGGUCCGUGUUUUCACACGCGGGUCGAAGUGCAGAGUCUCGUGCGCCGUCCGCGUCGUAGAGGAGAGACGCGAGUCGCCGGGUCUCGUUCGCGAGAGCCUCGGCGAGAGAGAAACGUCAGCAUCGCGGGUGACGCCGGCCGCCUUGGAGACACUCUUUUAGAGUGUCGAGUCUCCGCCUCGAGGCCGCGCGUACCAAGGUAAGACGCCCCAUCGACGUCCCGUUUCUCCCGGGCAGAACGCGGAUAUAAUAACGUUAACGGUGCCGACCCCCGUGCUAAACCGCCCCGCACUUCCCCUCGUCUUUUCCAUGCCCGUCAUCCCCGAAUCGCACGCACACGCACACGCACAUACACAUACGCAUGCACGCACGCCCGCAAGUUUACGCCUCCGCGUGUUCCUCGUGUCGCAGUCUCGAUCGCAGUGAUUGUCUUAACCUUCUUCGUGCCUCGCGCGGAGAUAACGCGCGUAUCUACGCUACAAAGCGAGUACGUGCGUACGCGGAGUAACCAAACGUCACGGCAACGAACGGAGGACACAAGUUGAAAGUUCGUUCGCUAUAGUUUCGUUCGCUAGUGCAGUACAAAAAAGAGUACGGUUCGCGUGGUUUGUCGCGUACUUUCUUAGUUUGUGUUGUGUUCAAGUUGAAAGUUCAAAGCGACGCGAAAGUUCAAAAAGUUCCGCGCCCAAGAAAAGUACCAAAAAACAGUAUCGUAUCGCAUAUGUGAGCAAGUAAAAAGAAAAAGUUCAGUUUAAUAAAAGUAAUAAAAGUAUAAGAGAAAAGUUUUGUAUAAGGUAAAAAGAGAGAAAGAAAGUCGAAAGUUUUGUGAUAUAAGUAUGUUCGACACGAUAACGUGGAUCGCGCGCGUUGUGCCAUCAAGAGCGAAUACUUCACAGACACUGAUUGACCCAGGCUGAACUAAAGAAGAGUUCAACAUGUCCGACUCUGGUACGGACAGUACUUCAUCGGAGGGUUACGACGAGGGCAGGAAUCGGCUCGCUCUGGCUGACGGGGAUGAGGUGACGUCGUCACGCUACUCGCAUCACUCCUCCGGUUCGGAGGAACGGCGAAAGUCCGCCGCAAGUUCCCCUUUCUCCGGCGGCAAGUCUCCACGAUCGCCGCUAUCGCCGGGCGGCGAGUCGCCCAAGUCGCCACAAUCUACCCCGAUGUCGCCUAAGUCGCAACAAUCCGGGAUAAUGUCCCCCAGCGAGGAGGGAGGCUCGCUGAGGUCGAUUCGCAGUCUGUCGAAGUCUUCACCGCCUCUGUCGCCGUCGCCCAUCGCGUCGCCUAUUGGGUCGCCGAUGUACGAACCAAAUGACUCGCCGAAGUCCUACCACUCGGGGAACAACUCGCUCGAUUCGCCCCAAAUGGACCGCAACUCGUUGCGCUCACCGGUGGAGGACAACGGGUCGAGUCUCUCGCCGUCGAACGACUCCAAGUCCAUGCGCUUCGGAGACGUCGAGUCGAAGGCGUCCGACCUUGAGGCGGAUACGCAAAGAUCUGCCGAUAAUUCGUUAAAAUCGUAUUCUUAUAAGAACAGCGAGUCCAGGCAAAGUUCGCCAAAGUCGCCGAGAUCGGGUCCGAGUUCUGUCAAGUCCUUGAUAUCGGCGAGGAGCUCGCCGAAGUCGUUCAAAUCCGGUCCGGCGUCUCCCAUGGAUGAUCAGGAGUCGGAUAAACACUCACCGGCGCAUUCGGGCCCUCGGUCCCCCGAGGAGGAGAAGAACGGGUCGUACAAUGAAUUGGACGGUGAGCAAAUCUCGGAUGGGGACAUUGAGGACGAACCGGAGUCCUCCAUGUUGAAAUCUAAACCUACACCCAUGACUCAUGGCGAGGAUUUGUCGGAUGUGUCCGAUCUCGAGAGCAUGGACGGUCCCGAGGAAUCCACUGAACAAAAUACUGAAGUGGAUAAGGCUCACGAACAGGAUGCCAAACAAGAAAUUGUAAAUGACGAAGAAAAUGCAAAGGAAAAGGAAGACAAAUCUGCACCAGUUGGCUUGACAGAAGAAAGCGAGCAAUUAGACUUCGAAGCCGACGGUCAAUGGAAAGACGAACGUGAUGAAGGUGAAACUGAGGCACCUGUUGCGAAAGAGACUAAAGAGAACUUAGAAAAAGACAGCAAAGAGAAAGACAAAGAUAAAGACAAGGACAAGGCGAAAUCGAAAGAAUCUGGCGAGGUAAAUGAUAAGGAAGAGGGAGAGGAAGGAGAGAAGGAGGAGUCUGAAUUGGAGGAAGGGGAGCUUAGCGACGGAGAUGACGCGCGUCCGGAGGAAACUGAGCCAAGGCCGGUGUGUCGUUUUUAUAGUCGCGGACAAUGUACAUGGGGUGUUAGCUGCAGAUUUUUACAUCCGGGAGUGACCGACAAAGGUAACUACACUAUGUUCGAUAUGGUGAGGCCUAUGGCGUAUCCACCGCACGCUGCCGCGCCACACGAGUAUAGAUCACACAUCGACAGACCAAGUAUGCGACCGUCGGUACCAGGUUACGGUGCUCCCACGCAUGCACCUAAGGUGGAGGAGCCAGCUGAGUCUGCCUGGGAACGCGGUCUGCGUCAUGCCAAGGAAAUGAUGCGUAAAGCGAAUAAACGCAAAGAAUCUGAUAUGGAUUUCGAAGAGAAGAAAAUGAACUUGAGUUUGGGACAGGAUGAAUUGGACAGGGAGGCUGGAUAUUAUGUUAGAGCAGCUAGUCCGGAGCCACCGGUCGAGAGAUGGCCGUCAUCAAGAGAAGUGCCACGCAGAGUAUCGUCCUCUCGACUUACACCGGAAAGAUAUGUUGAAGAACCUGAAGGAUAUUAUCCUCCACAAAACGAUUAUUACAGACGAGUGCACUACAAGGAGUCCCGCGAAUAUCGAGGAGAGCGUUUCGAUUAUCAUGCGGUUCCUCGUGGUGCGCAAUCAGCUUCUCCGCCACCGCACAACCGUGAUCGCGAGAGGGAGCGAGAUCGUGAGCGCGAGAGGGAGCGCGAUUAUUACGAAAAGUACGAGAGGAAACACAAACGACCGUCGCGGGAGGUUAUUGUGGAACGUAUCCCUCCGACGAAGCCCUGGCGAGAGGAAGAGCCACCUCCUGCUGAGAGAAGUAGAGGUGACGAAUGGGCGGACCCGUGGAUGCGACGCAAGUCACCGACGAGCACUGUACGCCGCAACACAUCGUCCCGCCGACAGUCCCGUCGUCAGUCUUAUUCCUCCGGAUCUUCAUAUUCUUCAACGAGUUCUAGCCGUAGCUCCAGUCGUUCUAGCUACAGUUCUUACGACUCCCUAUCCAGGUCUCGCUCACCCUCUCCCCCGUCUAGAACCCGUUCUGCUGGCAAAAGCAAGUCCACCGUUAUCAUUUCACCACCUUCGAAUCCUCCGACUGUUACUGCAGCCACGCCUCAACGAGGUGCCAUGUUAAUGAAUCCACCCGCUCCUUCUCCCCGUCCACCCAAGGGUUCCAUCUCCCCAACGACGGGUACGCUGCAUCGACGAGCCGGACUGAACCCACCUGCUCCGAGUCCGCUCUCGACUCAUCGCCACCAUGAGAAAGCAAGGGAGCAAAAGGCUGCUAUAGCCGCGGCUGCUGUGGCUAAAAUCAUUAAAAGUCGUUCUAGAUCUAGAUCGUCUCACAGUAGUUCGGGAUCGGAAAGCAGCGGAAGCAGCAGUGACUCGAGCGAAUCGAGUUACUCAUCAUCUUCCAGCGAAGCACGUAGAAGGAAGGGUUCGACGCCGCCGAUACCGCGCAAAGAUUCUAAAAGCAUCGAUGCGUUAAAGCUGAGCGGUGCAAAGCAGCAGAUUAAGUUAACACUGAAGCCCACGAGCAACGCUACAGCGGUAAAAAAGAUCGAUCGUAGUGCAAUUAUGGCAGGUAAAAAACGGCCUAUCGAGUCACCGCCGUUGAUCGACAGCAAAGCGCAAGUGGCCGCAGCGGCGGCCAAAGCCGCCAAGAAGGCGAGCUCACGACGCGAAGAAUUGUUGAAACAGCUAAAGGCUGUAGAAGAUGCGAUUGCGCGUAAAAGAUCGAAGGUUUAAAAUUGAUUUGACAUUAACAACGUGCGCUCCUCGUGAAUAGAGAUUAAAUACAGUAACAAAUAUCGAUCGUAUAUGUAUGAUAAUCGAAUAAAAACGAUUAAUAUAAAUUCCGAUAUAACAUAAAUAUACCGAUAUACGUAUAACUUUCCAAUAAAAUUAACAAAUUAUCAAAUAUUAAAUUUGCUUUUUGUAUUUUGCGAAAAGAUGUACAUGUAAACAUUAGCAUAUAUACAUUUAGAUAUAAUUAUAAAGUUCCAAAUUUAUGUUUAUUUAAAUUUAUUAAAUAUACGAUACAAAUAUAAAUGAUUAUGUUAUUAAAUGAUUUAUUAUUAAAUAAUUGAUUUAUCA